AUGGCGACAUUAUACUCAGAGAACAGAGAAAGCCAGGAACGCCUCAUAUCGGGCUCCGACGAGGAGAGCUUCACCGAAGAUACCAAAGGUUUUGGUGAGAGGCAAUCACGAUGGAGCCGUUAUCAAAUCAACGGAUUUUUCUUUUUGGGUCUCUGGACUUUGAUCUUGUUAUUCGCUUCCGUUUACCUUUGGGCCACAGUGACUCGUCACAGCCAAGCCCCUAUCAGUCAAUGCAACGAUUAUAUCCCCAUCUACUCACCAGCCUUGAUAUCUCAGGUGGGCACAGGGCAUAUUGAACAAUUUGACGGCAGCUUUGCGAAGCAAAAUCGGUACAAGGGGCCAGCAAGUCCUGCAAUUGACGAAGGAUGGGAUGAUAUCACUUUUUCUGAUGGCGGUGUUAUCAACGUUGAUGAAGAGACAUUUAGCCGUAUCAACGCAUCCGAAUAUUCAGUCAAAUUGGCGGAUGAAAUCGGUGGCGGGUACAUGGGUUCGGUGGAGGCUUUGCAUCAGCUGCAUUGUCUGAAUAUGCUCCGCCAAGCGAGUUAUGAGGACUAUUACCGGGACAAACCGGGACCGUGGGAAGAUAGCCCCGAGAUCCUGCGAUUCCAUCUUGAUCAUUGCAUUGAUAUUCUACGGCAAAAGUUGAUGUGCGAUGCGGACGCCGGGAUUUUGACGUAUAUCUGGGUGGAAGGUCAUAAAGACCCCUUCCCAGACUUCAAUGUGCAUCAUCAAUGUCGAGAUUUCCGCGCAUUGAAAAAGUGGGUCGGUGAACAUCAACUCUAUACGACACCAGAACACGGAGUUGAGCGUCUCCCUGGUGCGCCAGAGAAGCAGACACCACCUUAA